AUGGCUUCAUACCAGCAGCAACCCUUCAAUGAAUAUUCGACGGUAACUGGAGGCGGUUUCGACAAUUCCCAGGCCUCUUCAGGAAAGCCAGGUUCUGCAGGUGGUCAGAGCACAGCAACUCUGACCCCGGUAACAAUUAAACAAAUCCUAGAAGCGAGACAACUUAUGCAAGAUGGGCCAUAUGUUGUAAGUAAUAUUGAACUACACAAUAUAUCGUUCGUUGGAGUUGUUAGAAAUGUCGUCGACCAUACAGCUAAUGUUAGCGUCACAGUGGAAGAUGGGACAGGACAAAUCGAGUUUAGGCAGUGGAGUAAUGACCAGAAAGAUAUGGAAAGAGCCAGCCAGGGCGACAACGCUGUGUACGACUCAGAAGUCUCUCAGCAAUUUCAAAUUGGAACUUAUGUCAAGGUAUUUGCUACGCUCAGGGAGUUUGGCGGUAAAAUGAACAUUCAAUAUGCUAUAGUCAAACGUGUUGAUAACUUCAAUGAGGUUAUAGCUCACCAUCUAUCUGCUAUGAAGUGUUUUGCCAUCGCUAACGGCAAAAUGUCAUCGCCUCAAAGCGCUGCCAAUUUAGAUGAAAACUCAGAGACUUUGGGAGGACAGAGUUUAUUUGUACAAGAUAAUGACUUUGGGAAUGGCAAACCAGUUACACAGCGCAUUUUAGACUUCUGUAGAGACCAGUGUCGGGACAAAGAUGCUAAUACAUUUUCAGUUCACACAAAACUAAUCUCGCAGUCUCUUGGAAUGCUAGAAGACGAUGUUAGAAUGCACUGCCAGACAUUGACAGAACAAGGUUUCAUAUAUCCAACUUUUGAUGAAAAUAGCUACUUCACUUUGUGA